CAGGAGCUUUGCCAGAUGUGCCGUAAACAGACAGAAAAAGUAAAGCGCAGAUUAAGGCAAAAGAGGGCCGUGGAACCCGCGGUCAUUCAAAAUUUUCCUCAAUCAGGCGCACCGGUCUUCGCCGAAUGUUCUCCGGCGACUUCGAUCGGCUUCGACAGAGAGUGGAGGGAGGCCUUGCCACUUCGGGAGGGGGAGGGGGGUGCGUUUGGACGUCACGUGCCUCUCUCCACGCAUGCCGGCGUUCGUGCAAGGACAUCCAUCAAGGAAUCAAAGGGGGUGCGCCGUCACGUUGAGGCCGCAGAGGAAGAGAAUUCCUGCGGCAGCAUGGACCCCACGUAUGCCCUGUGGCAGCUGGUUGCUGCUUCCAUCCUGCUUUAUCUGGUUCACUGGUACAUAAAGAGGAAACAGCAUUUCAACUACUUCAAGGACCUCGGCAUUCCAGGACCAGAGCCAAGCAUCAUCACCGGCAACAUAGGUGAACUGCGAAAGAAGACACCUUCCGUGGCCUAUAGGGAAUGGAUAGACAAGUACGGUAAAGUAGUGGGGUACUUCAACGGCUACCGUCCUUAUCUGCUCAUCGCUGACCUGGACUUGCUCAAGAUGAUUCAAGUGAAGGAGUUUCAAGAUUUCAUGGACAGAAGUCUUCUCUUCCAAUGCAAACGGCCACCGAGUCCUCACGACAAGUCUCUGAUCCAACUAACGGGCAAGCGCUGGAAGGAAGUACGAAGCCUGCUCACUCCCUCCUUCACCACUAACAAGCUCAAGAUGCUGGCUCCUGGCGUGGUGUGCAGCGUAAAGGAGUUCGAGGACAAGAUCGCGGAGUACGCACGCUCCGGCGAGGAGUUCGAGAUCGGCGAGCUGUACGAGGCGUUGUCGUUGGACGUGAUCUGCCGCAGUGCCACUGGCAUCGACUACAACAUCCAGAAGAACCCCAAGCACAGCCUGCUGAUCAGCAGCCGCUUGCUUUUCAACGACACCUUCUCGUGGCCCCUCAUACUGCUCGUCUCAUUUCCCGAGAUGGAGUUCAUAAUGAGGUACCUCUUCGACUGGAGGCUCACCAGAAUCAACAACGGCGUUCACCCCUUCGAGGAAGUCCUGAAAAAAUGCGGAAACAUCGUCAGGCAGCGCCAGAUCGACAACUCGGCCCCACAAAAGGACUUGCUGCAGCUCAUGAUCGAAGCCAAGUCAUCCAACGUGGACGUCGGAAGCGUCACCUCGGCCCAGCUCACGGCCGCCGACGACAACGAACACGAACUCAAGCAGAGCGCACCACCCUCGGCGAACGGUCUCUCGUGCUCGAGCAGGGUGGUCCUGGACGACGACGACAUCACGCAGAACGCUUUCCUUGUCCUCCUCGCAGGGUACGAGACAACGAGUAACACAUUGACCCUCGUCUCCCACAUGCUGGUGAACUACCCCGAGGUGCAAGAGAAAGUGCGGCAGGAACUGCUCGCUGCACUAGGGCCGGAUGAGGAGAUCAGUUACAACACGAUACAGAAGCUGACCUACCUCGACUGCGUCAUCCAGGAAACCAUGCGGCUGUACCCGCCCAUAUUUGGGUUCGUCACGAGAGAGGCGGUGGUCGACAAGCAGUACGGGAAGCUGAAGAUUCCUGCCGGCACGGGGGUGAUAGCCGCUACCGAGUACAUGCACCGUGACCCCUGCAGCUGGGAGAAGCCGAACACGUUCGACCCCGACAGGUUCCUUCCCGAGCGGCGCAAAAGCCAGAACCCGCUCGCUUUCCAGCCGUUCGGCGCGGGGCCGCGCAACUGCAUCGGCAUGCGAUUCGCGCAGAUGGAGAUGCGCUUCACGCUCGCACACGUACUGCGCAAGUACCGACUCGAGGCCACGCCCAACAGCGACAAGGACCCUGCAGAGAUCGAAAUGAACCCUCUGGUGACGCGGAUCAAGAAAGGAGUGCACGUCAAGCCCUGCAGGCUGCACGAAAGCACUAGUUGCUGGGGGAGUAGUGCAGCUCAACCUACAGUGGCUGGAAGUGAAAAGCACCUUUCGUUAAACUCUGAGGAAGAGAGUUCCUGCGGCAGCAUGGACCCCGCGCAUGCCCUGUGGCAGCUGGUUGCUGCUUCCAUCCUGCUUUACCUGGUUCACUGGUACAUGAAGAGGAAACAGCAUUUUAACUACUUCAAGGACCUCGGCAUUCCAGGGCCAGAGCCAAGCAUAAUCACCGGCAACAUGAGCGAACUGCGAAUGAAGACACCUACCGUGGCCUAUAGGGAAUGGUUAGAGAAGUACGGUAAAGUAGUGGGGUACUUCAACGGCUACCGUCCUGUGCUGCUCAUCGCUGACCUGGAUUUGCUCAAGAUGGUUCAAGUGAAGGACUUUCAAGAUUUCAUUGAUAGAAGUCUUCUCUUCCAAUGCAAGCGACCACCGAGUCCUCACAACAAGUCUCUGAUCCAACUAACGGGCAAGCGCUGGAAGGAAGUACGCAGCGUGCUCACUCCUUCCUUCACCACCAACAAGCUUAAGAUGCUGGCUCCUGGCAUGGUGUGCAGCGUAAAGGAGUUCGAGGAGAAGAUCGCGGAGUACGCACGCUCCGGCGAGGAGUUCGAGAUCGGCGAGCUGUACCAGGCGAUGACGUUGGACGUGAUCUGCCGCAGCGCCAUGGGCAUCGAAUACAACAUCCAGAAGAACCCCAAGCACAGCCUGCUGAUCAGCAGCCGCAUGCUUUUCAACAGCACCUUCUCGUGGCUCGCCGUGCUGCUCGCCUCAUUUCCCGAGAUGGAGUUCGUACUGAAGCACCUCAACGAUUGGAGGCUCACCAGAAUCAACAACGGCGUUCACCCCUUCGAGGAAGUUCAGAAAAAAUGCGGAAACAUCGUGAGACAGCGCCAGAUCGACAACUCGGCCCCACAAAAGGACUUGCUGCAGCUGAUGAUCGAAGCCAAGUCAUCCAACGUGGACGUCGGAAGCGUCACCUCGGCCCAGCUCACGGCCGCCGACGACAACGAACACGAACUCAAGCAGAGCGCACCACCCUCGGCGAACGGUCUCUCGUACUCGAGCAGGACGGUCCUGGACGACGACGACAUCACGCAGAACGCUUUCCUUGUCCUCGUCGCAGGGUACGAGACAACGAGCAACACGCUCACGCUCGUGUCCCACAUGCUGGUGAACUACCCCGAGGUGCAAGAGAAAGUGCGACAGGAACUGCUCGCUGCACUAGGGCCGGACGAGGAGAUCAGUUACAACACGAUACAGAAGCUGACCUACCUCGACUGCGUCAUCCAGGAAACCAUGCGGCUGUACCCGCCCAUAUUCGCGUUCGUCACGAGAGAGGCGGUGGUCGACAAGCAGUACGGGAAGCUGAAGAUUCCUGCUGGCACGGCGUUGAUGGCCGCUACCGAGUACAUCCACCGUGACCCCUGUAGCUGGGAGAAGCCGAACACGUUCGACCCUGACAGGUUCCUCCCCGAGCGGCGCAAGGGCCAGAACCCGCUCGCUUUCCAGCCGUUCGGCGCGGGGCCGCGCAACUGCAUCGGCAUGCGGUUCGCGCAGAUGGAGAUGCGCUUCACGCUCGCACACGUGCUGCGCAAGUACCGACUCGAGGCCACGCCCAACAGCGACAAGGACCCUGCAGAGAUCGACAUGAACCCUCUGGUGUUGCGGAUCAAGAGGGGAGUGAACGUCAAGGUAGUGCCCAUCUAGAAAUGCAUACAGCUGCCUUCGUCCCACCGUGUAAAUAGAUCUUGAACAGCUCAUUUCGCUAGUGUGCGCCUGAACUCAUCUGUAAUAUAUACAAUGUUCAUAUGCGAGUGUUUCUGCUUCUCAUUAUAUUUUUCUGUGCCAAUAAAUUGGGUGUUCUCAACAA